GUGCGCAAGGAGCAUCAGGAAGAAAUCAACACUCUCCUGACACAUCUAAACAAAGAAAAACUGAAACGCAAAGACGCUGUUGCUGUGGCGGAAACACUCAUCAGUGAAAACAGAAGUCUGCGCGAAACUCACCAGCUCGAAAUGUUGCGCAUAACUCAGACCUACGAGGAGAAGUUUCAAACAGAGAUGGACGAGAGAGUGGCGAAGCAGAUGAAGUAUUUGAUUGAGAAUCAGAAGACGGCGCACCAUGAGCUAGAGUGUCUGCUCAACAGAGAGAGACGCGAGAACAGUCGCCAGGCGGAGGCGAUCAGUAAACUUCAGAGCUCGAAAGUGAAUGAUGUCGCGGUCGCCAUAAGUAACACACAGAACGAUAUGGAGAAAGAUGCCCAAAAGCACAUAGAUGAGAUUAAGCGUGUUUGUACAAUGGAAGGUGUGUUUUACUUGGAAAUAGCAUACGGCGUAUGUCUCAAUAUAUGCAUAUACUGUGUACACGCGUGA